UUUAAUUAGGUGGACGUCAUUACUAAAGAAACAAUAACUUAUCAUCAAAUUUUGGAGAAUGCUUUACACGUUGCAAAACAAUUUCGAUCUCUGGGAGUGUCUAAAGGAGAUGUUGUUGCUUUGAUGAUUGAAAACACUCUUCAUAUUGGAAGUUACAUUAUGGGAGCUUUGUUAACAGACGCCAUCUUUGCUCCAUUAAACCCAUCAUUCACUCCUUAUGAAUUGGAACAAAUUUGCAAAUGGCUGCAACCCAAAAUAAUUGUUUGCAAUAAAACAAACAUGGAAACCGUUAAAAAAGUACAAUCUAACCUCAAUUUUGUAAUCCACGAAUUUUCUCCACCAGAAAGACAAAUUAAACAUAAAGAAACACUAGUAAUGAGUGAUUUUGAUGAAUUUUUAGCUUCAGAAAUACUUCCGAGUGACCCUGUGAUGAUUAUUUGCUCAUCUGGUACCACAGGAUUACCAAAAGGAGUUGUACACUCAAAUUUCUCCAUUUUAAGCGCUUUAGAUUAUCUAACUGAUUCACAAUUGGGAACACAAAAUACAGACAUUCUUCUUGCUUACCUUCCAUUUUAUCACCUAAUGGGCAUUAUUUCUUUAUUUGGGAACAUUUACUGCGGUCAAAAGUUAAUAAUCAUGCAAAAAUUCAAACCACAAGUGUUUCUUAACGCAGUGGAAGAAUUUAAAGUAAAUAAAAUGUAUAUUGUCCCCACUGUGGGUUUAUUCCUGGCCCAGUAUGACGAUAUUGUCAAUUACGACUUAUCAUCCCUAAAAGAAAUGAUUUGUGCUGGUUCCAUGUUGAGUAUAACGACGUACAAAGCUAUAAAAGCAAAAUUACCAAAUGUAGACAUCCGUUUGGCUUACGGCAUGUCAGAAAUCAACUACACAACAAUCACACCGCCAUCUAGCGAGUAUAUCGGCUCAGUAGGACAAUUAAUCACCGGAUGCGUAGGGAAAGUAAUAGAUCCCGAAACAAACGAAGUUUUACCGGCGUACAAAACCGGCGAGCUUUGCAUUUGCUCAAAGAGUAAUUUUAUCGGUUACUAUGGCAAUGAAAAAGAAACUUUAAGCACAAUAGACGCAGAUGGCUUCGUGCACACCGGGGACAUUGUUUAUUACAACGAAAACGGCGACAUUUUCAUUGUGGACCGGAUCAAGGACUUGAUUAAACAUAAAAGUUUCCAGGUCUCGCCCAUCGAGCUGGAGGCCAUCUUGUUAAAACACCCCAGCAUCGCAGACGUCGGAGUUAUCGGUGUGCCAGACGAAAAAUGCGGCGAACUUCCACGCGCGUUCGUCGUCCUGCGAAAUAAUGUAACAGCGAAGGAGAAUCUUCGACAAGAAUUGCAGGAAUUCGUCGCUGAGCACGUGUCGCCGUACAAAAAAUUAACGGGCGGCGUGUAUUUUGUGAAUGAAAUUCCGAAAAAUCCUUCGGGGAAGAUUCUCCGCCGCCAGCUGAAAGCGAAAUACCAUGUUGAGGAAUAAUCGACGAUUUAAUACAAUUUAUAUGUAUUUGUUUUACACAUCGAUCGUCCGAUGGUCUCAUAUGGUUUGUUUUUUUCAGUUCUAACAUGAAUAUAGUAAAUCUAUAUGAGCACAUGCGCAUAACUCACGCGUACAUCAUCAUCAUAUGCAUAUUUGGUUGCCUAUCUUCACUUUAGUAAUAAACGAAUAAAAACACGACCAAAGUGAGUGUUUUAAAAUGAAUCAACAAUCGAUAACAAUUCAUAUAGAAACGAUUCUUUCUGCAUCUCUGAUGGGAAGACUUAAUACAUGUUUAAGGAACGCAAUCGUAAUUGAAUGCAAUCACAACAAUUGUCAUGAAUUAAAAAGUAAUAAAUAGAUUUCUUAACAA